UCAUAACUUCUUUUAUAUUAUGGCUGCUGAUAUCAAAUUCAACAGCUCCUUAACGCCCUGCGAUCCUUACUACAAACCCGUUUUGAUCAUUGGGCAACUGCGUCAUUUAAAUUUGCUAAACUUUUCAAAUGUAUCCAGUAAAUUGAACCCACGCGUCGAUGAGACUACUUUCAAAAAUGCUAUUUCUUGUUUACAUCCUUCGCCCACGGACAAAUGCUCGCUUUACUUGGAUUGUGCCACUAUAGCAGCUGUACCGCUCAAGUGCUCACGUCACAAUACACCAUCGCGUGCUCACGCUAUUACUCGCCUUGUUAGAACCCAUAUUAUGCAUUCAAACGAAGAAAAUGUUGUUAUUGUUUGCGAUCGUAGUGACCUAUUUGCUAGUGCCUGUGCCGUAGCACGUGCCUUUCCACUGUAUUCUAGAAAAACUGGCGGUGGCCAGAACAAAGCCGAUAAUUGUACGCAAGAUGAGGUUAUGGGUAACGAUGCUGAUGGAGAUACUGGCACUGGUCCAAUAAUAAAUGUAGAAUUUAUUAUCAUCGAAAAGGAUGGCCAAGUUUCAGAAGAGCCACUGGAUACAACGGAUAUCGCUUGCAUCGAGGAAGCGGCUCGUGGCAUACGUCUCGCUGCACGUAUCGUAGAUAUGCCAUGCAAUGAGAUGAACGUCAGUCAUUUCAUAAAGGAAGCUGAUCUUGUAGCGAACGAGUUGGGUAUUACACCCAUUGUUAUUCGUGGCGAAGAACUAAAUGAACGUGGUUUCGGUGGGAUAUAUGGUGUUGGUAAGGCAGCUGCUGUGCCACCGGCAUUGGUGGUGCUCUCUUAUGAGCCAAAAGGUGCACAUGAUACUGUAGCACUGGUGGGCAAGGGUAUUGUUUAUGACACUGGUGGUUUAAGUAUUAAAGGCAAAACUGUCAUGCCGGGAAUGAAGCGUGACUGUGGUGGUGCUGCUGCCAUUCUGGGUGCCUUCUAUGCUGCUGUGAAAUGCGGUUUCAAAGAAAACUUGCACGCAGUCCUGUGCUUAGCGGAGAACGCAGUUGGGCCCAAUGCAACGAGACCGGAUGAUGUGCACACUUUGUAUUCGGGACGCACUGUUGAAAUUAACAACACAGACGCCGAAGGACGACUCGUACUGUCUGAUGGUGUUAGUUAUGCACACAAGGAUCUAAAAGCUAAUAUCAUUCUGGAUAUGGCAACAUUAACAGGUGCACAGGGCAUUGCCACAGGCAAAUUUCAUGGGGCCAUACUCACCAACUCCGAAGAAUGGGAAACCAAAGCAUUGGAAGCCGGACGUAAAUCUGGUGAUUUAUUAGCGCCAAUAGUUUACUCACCGGAAUUGCAUUUUUCUGAAUUCGCGUCAGCCAUUGCCGAUAUGAAAAACUCAGUUGCGGUAAGUAAGGAUCGCAACAACGGUCAACCGUCCUGCGCUGGUCUUUUUGUUGGCGCACAUCUUGGUUUUGAUUAUCCUGGCGUUUGGAUGCAUGUCGAUAUGGCCGCACCUGUGUCAACGGGCGAACGUGCUACUGGUUAUGGCGUAGCACUGCUGCUAACACUCUUCGGUAACUACACUAAAUGCAGUAUGCUGCAAUCGAUAGCGCCAAACGAAGCGGAACCGCCAACGAAGCGCGUUUGUCGUGAUUAGGCAACAACAAUGAGAGCAUCUACAACACAACACCAUCAAGCGCUCUACAAUCUAUCACCAAAACCAAGGGUAUUCAGCGUGUAACGCAAGCAUGUUCAGUUUGAUGCGACAGAAAACAGCGGGUGAGGGGAGUAGCAGUUACAAAAAAAAAAAAAGUGCAAAUAACGGCAAUCAUUGCUGCUUGUCUAUUCGCUGUAAUUCUUUUACUGAUUUUUCAUUGAAUUUUAUUUUUUUGAUUUUUUUUUUUGAUAUUUCUUUUCGGUGGCGUAUAACCAAUGUGUAUGCUCUCCAGUUCAUUUUCAAUUUCAAUUGUAGAGGAUAUUAUCUGCAAAUUCUACUUACUAUUCUUUAUCUUGUAUUAUGGAAGAAAAAAA